AUGGCGGGCCGACGCCUCGUGGACCUGAUCGCUCUGGCCAACGUUUCCUCCGCAAUCGCCCAGCGCCAUUUCGCCCUCCGGAGCCAGCAGCUCCAAAUCUACACCACCUCCUCCAGCAUCUUCAAGACCCUACGAUACAAGCCCCCCGUGGUUCAGAAUGCUCGACAACAGGCCGCCUCUGCCACAGCUGCAGCACCAAAAGAAGAGGGAAUAGAGCAGGACCAUUUCUACACCCCCGGCGCCGCCACAGUCGUCGAUCCCGAGCCAGUAGGCUCGCUCAAAGUUACCCAGAAACAGGCUGCCUCAAACCCGCUCCCCGACGGUACGAUACCGCCCGCUGAUUCGCCGCUAGCAUCUACACCGCCGACGCCGAGGCACCACCUAUCCCCGGAGGAUGCAAAGCGGCUGCAGCAUGCGUCCGAGUCGUCGAUCCCUGAGAUGACGGCGGAAGACUCGGUGGACGAUACGGGGAACGAUGUGUUCUAUCUUCGCCAAGCUAGGGUGUCCAGUGUACUGAGUAACCUGCCAAGGAAGAAGAUUCCGAGAAUGACGGAGGGCGCACAGCCGGUGACGGGAGCGGGUAUUGAUGGCGAUGUGUUUUAUGAAACACCAGGGAAGAAGGAAGGAGAGGUGCAAGAUUUGAGCAGCGAGCUGUUUCACAGCAGAAGGGCAAGGAAGAUAGUGGCACAAACGCCAGCCAAGAGUACAGAGGAAUUGAAGCCAACGGUGGCAGAGACACCGAAGGAUAACACUCCUUUGACAGAGGGGAGGGAUCAAGACACUUUCUAUGUCAAGGACUCCAUCUCCUCUCACCCAGUCGCUGCUGAUGCUGCCUCCGAUUUGAAGGCAACAGAUGCAGAGACAGCAAACCUAGCUGCAGAGCUAGCGAGAGAUGCCGAAGAGAGUGCCAAACCCAUCACUGAGAAGCAGCCUGAAACCGCUGCCUUCCAAAUGAACGCCUCCCGUGUGCCCUCCUCCCGCAUUGGCCGUCUCUUCCACUAUGGCGGCCUCGCAACCGGUAUGGCCUGGGGCGCCGCAACCGAAACCAUCAAGCGUGCUACAGGCCUCAGCGACUCCUCCAGUGGCAGCGGCGUCAUGAUGUCGCCCGCCAAUGUUGAACGUCUGGUCAAGAAACUCUCCCGAAUGCGUGGGGCCGCGCUAAAGCUCGGGCAAAUGAUGUCGUUCCAGGACAAAAUGCUACCGCCUGCCAUUCACGAGGUCCUUACUCGGGUGCAGGACAGUGCAGAUUACAUGCCUGCCUCCCAGAGGAACCAGGUUCUUACUGCAAACCUGGGCCCGAAUUGGAGAGAGUUGUUUGCCGAGUUCAAUGAGGUGCCUAUGGCUGCUGCGUCUAUUGGGCAGGUCCAUGCUGCCACUCUUGCCAGCACGGGGAUGCCCGUUGCAGUCAAGAUACAGUAUCCGGGAGUGGCUGAUAGUAUAUCCAGUGAUCUUUCCAAUCUUGCUGUGCUCCUGACUGCGUCGAGACUGCUGCCAAAGGGCUUGUAUCUUGAUAAGACCAUUGCAAAUGCACGGCUAGAGCUUGGGUGGGAGUGUGAUUAUGUGCGUGAAGGAGAAUGUGCAAAGCGGUUUGCCGAGCUGCUGAAAGAUGACACAGACGUUUUCCGUGUACCAAAGGUCAUUGACGAGGCAUGCGGCCCGCAAGUUUUGUGUAUGGAGCGGAUGUGGGGUGUGGGCGUGACAAAGAUUAUGAACGACCUGAGCCAGGAGGAGAGAGAUUUCAUCGGCACACAGGUAUUGAAGCUGUGCUUCAGGGAAGUGAAAGACUUCAAGUUCAUGCAGACGGAUCCAAACUGGACAAACUUCCUCUGGAACGCAAAGGAUAGAAAGAUUGAACUCCUCGACUUUGGUGCUUCUCGCGCUUUCGAUGCUCCAUUUGUGGACACAUACUGCUCUCUCCUCACCUCUGCGGCCCGCAACGACACUGCUGCUGUCACGGAGCUUUCAAAGGAUCUGGGAUACUUGACUGGCUUCGAGUCCGAGGCCAUGCUAAAUGCCCACGUUGGGUCGAUCCUGACCCUGGCAGAACCGUUUAGCCACACCGCGCCCGAGAUCUAUGAUUUCAGGGACCAGACAGUGACGGACAGGGUGAGGGAGUUUAUUCCACUGAUGAUCAAGGAGCGGUUGACCCCCCCGCCGGAGGAGACAUAUAGUUUGCAUAGGAAGUUGAGCGGUGCAUUCUUGAUGUGCGCGAAGUUGGGAAGUAGAGUGCCAUGUAGAGGUAUUUUUGAAGACGUGCUGGAGAGGUAG